AUGAAAUAAAAACAGGGAAGAAAGAUAAAAUUUCUUAGCUAACUACGUCUUCCGAUCGUCUCCAUCAUCUUUCUAUAAUCAAUUCUCAUCAACUUGAUUCCUUGAAAAAUCAAUUCUCAUCAACUUCUCUUCAAGAUCCCAUUAUCUCCGCCGUAACCCAUAAUCCUGUCUCAUCACUCAUCAUUUCUGCCAGAAUUGAUGAUGCAGUAUUUGCAUGAGCGAUUCAAGGAGUGGGUACCCAUUCGGGAGUAUAUCACCUUUGAUCACUUUGCUGAUAGUACUGGAUUUGUGGCUUGGGCUUUAUGCAAUUGGCGAGGUCUUACCCAUUUGGGCGCUUCUGCUAAUUGGGGCGUUGCAGAGCUUUGUUGUGUAUGGAGGUCAUUUGAAUUGAUGAUGCAGUAUUUGCAUGAGCGAUUCAAGGAGUGGGUACCCAUUCGGGAGUAUAUCACCUUUGAUCACUUUGCUGAUAGUACUGGAUUUGUGGCUUGGGCUUUAUGCAAUUGGCGAGGUCUUACCCAUUUGGGCGCUUCUGCUAAUUGGGGCGUUGCAGAACUUUGUUGUGUAUGGAGGUCAUUUGGUGAGUUACUGCAUUCAUAGUUUUUUACCAAUUAACUUAGCACUUCUUUGUUGGUGUUUUUAAAUUUCCAGAAAAAGCUUGAUUAUUGGGCUUUUCCAGAAGUUUCAUUAGUUGGGAUUGAUUUUGAUUUAUUUACUAGUCUCUUUUGGCUUGUGACAAGACUUGUUAGAAUUUGGAAGAAUUUUGGUUUUUGUUAUGCUGAGCAGUGAUGUAAGUUGACUCUUUAUGA